AUGGGUAAGGGCAUUGAGAAAAACAAGCUUAACGAGAAGAAGACACCGUCACCCCCUAGUGAUGUGAGGAAUCUUGAUGGACCGGUCCCCUUUCCCGGUAGGUUAGCGGAAAGGAAUUUGGAGGAGAAGUUAGUUAAGUUUCUAAGGGUGAUGAAGGGUCUACAUAUUAAUAUUCCCUUCCUUGAGGCAAUCACACAAUUGCCCUCCUAUGCAAAGUUUCUCAAGGAAAUUCUUUCCAACAAAAAGAAGAUCAAUGAAGACAUCGUCACUCUUCCUUUUCAUGUUAGUGCUCUAGUGCAACAUAAGAUGCCCAAGAAGCAACAAGAUCCCGGGAGCUUUACUUUGCCGGUGAAGAUUGGGAAUUUGGAAGAAAGGAAGACAAUUCAACUUGCCGACCGAUCGGUAAAGUUGCCAUGUGGAGAGCUUGAGGGUGUUCCCAUUCAAGUAGGACAUAUCUAUGUUCCUUGUGAUUUUGUUGUCAUGGACAUGGAUGAAGAUAACAAGACACCUUUGAUCUUGGGUCGUGAGGCUCUUAAGACCUUGGGAGCGGUGAUCAAUUACAAGAACAACACUAUCAACUUGUGA